AUGAAGUACUUGGAAAAUAGUAAUCUUCAAUUGAUAGCGGACAAGAUACGGGAGCACUCGAACGAUUGCGAGUUGGAUUUCAAGAUCGAAUCCUACUCCUGUAAAAUGAUCCAAAGCGACAAGCGCUUGUGGAAACGCACGAAUAUCGACGAGCGCCAGCCGCUCUCCCCGCCCGAGGAUUGGAACAUUUUGCAAGCGCCGAUGCCGAUAGGGCAUUCGCAUCGUAUGCGCCACCUCUCCGAGCACAGCGCAUCUGGAGGGUCUGAUCAUGAUAUGGAAGAGGGCUGCUUGGUGGACUCGAUCUCGAAGAGGACGCUCUUCGACCUCAUCGGGGUCCUCAACACCGCCUACGGGGACUAUGAUUUCAACGACCUCAACAGCAAUUGCUUUUCGCGGAUAGACAAUGCUGAGGGCGUCGUCGCGCCGGUCGACCACAAAUUGGCAGCGGCAGUCGAGCACUACGCGCAGCUGCGCAACGACCUCUGGCAGGCCGUGGCGGAGGAGAUCAAGCCGAUGGAGUGCCGUAUCUACAGCGCGACACGGCACGAUUUCGACGCAUUUUUGAGUGUGACGGCCGCUCGGUGCCGGGUGCUCUUUGGCUUCUCGCGCGAAACCGGUCUCACGCACUCGGUUCCGAAAAUUUGCCGGGCGCUGUACUGGUCGACCCGAAACCCCUCUUUUGCUGUGAAUGAGAAUGCGGUGGAGAAC